GUUAACAGGUUCCCGCCAAAUGCAACACGUGAGACAAAACAUCAACAAUGGCAGGGUUCGAUGAUGCUGGUGUAUUUUUUAGCGACAACUUCGGUUCGGAAGAUCAAAACGAUGAUAAUCAGAUCAAUCGUCAACAAGUGAAAAAAAGAUUAAAGGACUUUAUCAGACAGUUUCACGAAGGAAACUUUACCUACACAUACAGAGAUCAGCUGAAGCGCAAUUACAAUCUGGGACAGUACUGGUUAGAAGUAGACAUUGAAGAUGUAUCCAGCUUUGAUGAAUCUCUUGCUGACAGAUUAUACAAUCAACCAUCUGAACAUUUACCUUUGUUUGAAGAUGCUGCUAAAGAAGUUGCAGAUGAAGUGACUAAUCCCCGACCAGAAGGGGAAGAGGAAGUACAAGAUGUACAAGUUAUGUUGAACUCUGCUGCAAAUCCUUGUAAUAUUAGAGCUCUGAAGUCUGAACAGAUGUCAAAGCUAGUUAGAAUACCAGGAAUUGUGAUAGCUGCAUCUUCAAUUAAAGCCAAAGCUACUCGACUUACAAUACAGUGUAGAAGUUGUAGGAACACAGUCAACAAUAUAGCUGUUAAUCCUGGACUUGAAGGAUAUGCCUUGCCAAGAAAAUGUAACACAGAUCAAGCAGGAAGACCAAAGUGUCCUGUUGAUCCUUUCUUCAUAGUUCCAGACAAAUGUAAAUGUGUGGACUUCCAGGUGUUAAAACUGCAGGAAGCACCAGAGAGUGUUCCCAAUGGUGAGAUGCCACGUCAUCUUCAGUUAUUUGCUGACCGGUAUUUAUGUGAUAAAAUUGUUCCUGGAAACCGUGUUACUGUUGUGGGUAUAUAUUCUAUCAAAAAGACCUCAGUUCCUAACAAGAAAAAUUCUCGUGAGAAGGUGAAUGUGGGAAUAAGAACACCAUAUUUCCGUGUGGUGGGAAUUCAGGUAGACACACAAGGAAGUGGCCGCAGUACAGGUGCUCCAAUAAGACCAGAGGAAGAAGAAGCCUUUAGACGUCUUGCAUCACAACCAAACAUCUAUGAAACAAUUGCCAAAAGCAUAGCUCCAUCCAUUUAUGGUAGCAUUGACAUGAAGAAAGCUAUAUCAUGUUUGUUAUUUGGAGGCUCAAGGAAGAGAAUGCCAGAUGGAUUAACCAGAAGAGGAGAUGUUAAUUUGCUAAUGUUAGGUGAUCCUGGUACAGCCAAAUCCCAGCUAUUAAAGUUUGUAGAGCGAUGUUCUCCUAUAGCUGUAUAUACCUCUGGUAAGGGCAGUAGUGCUGCUGGUCUCACAGCCUCAGUUACUAAAGAUCCUGCUACAAGGAACUUUGUAAUGGAAGGGGGAGCUAUGGUUCUAGCUGACGGAGGUGUUGUAUGUAUUGACGAGUUUGACAAGAUGAGAGAAGAUGACAGAGUAGCUAUACAUGAAGCUAUGGAACAACAGACCAUAUCUAUUGCAAAGGCUGGUAUUACUACCACACUGAAUUCAAGGUGUUCAGUGUUAGCAGCAGCAAACAGUGUAUAUGGACGAUGGGAUGAUACAAAAGGAGAAGAGAACAUUGACUUCAUGCCAACCAUUUUGUCCAGAUUUGAUAUGAUUUUCAUUGUCAAGGAUACACAUAAUGAAGCUCGGGACAUGACGUUAGCUAAGCAUGUGAUGAAUGUCCAUUUAAAUGCCUUGCAAAUGACAGAAGAGCAGGCUGAAGGAGAGAUAAGUCUAGAAACACUGAAAAAGUAUAUAGGUUACUGUAGAAGGAAAUGUGGGCCACGUAUGAAUACAGAUGCAGCAGAAAAAUUAAAGAAUCGUUAUGUUUUGAUGAGAAAUGGAGCCAGUGAAUAUGAAAGGGAAACAGGAAAGAGAAUCAGCAUUCCUAUAACUGUCAGGCAAUUGGAGGCUAUCAUUAGAAUCUCAGAAUCCCUAGCUAAGAUGAGACUUUCACCUUUUGCUACCAGUGCUGAUGUUGAUGAAGCAUUAAGAUUGUUCCAGGUCUCAACAUUAGAUGCUGCCAUGUCAGGAAAUCUGUCAGGUGUUGAAGGAUUUACCACUGAAGAAGAUCAAGAAUUAUUGAGCCGCAUUGAAAAACAAAUUAAACGAAGAUUUGUCAUUGGUUCCCAAGUAUCAGAACAUGCAAUUAUUCAAGACUUUGCCAGACAGAAAUACCCUGAAAGAUCAAUUCAAAAAGUGCUACAUUUCAUGUUGAGAAGAGGGGAAAUUCAGCAUAGGAUGCAGAGGAAAAUGUUAUAUCGUAUCAAGUAAUGGAAAGAUUUUGGGGGAAAAUACACAAUGUGCAAUUUUAUGUGCAGAAAAACACUUCAUAACUGGAUUAAAUGGAUCUCCAUGUAAAUAAAAACAAUAUAUUAUUGGAUCAUCUUCUGUUCAUGAAAUUAACUGAAUGUGUAUGGAAUUUCUUAAUUGACAUGCUGCUGUGAUCCGUUGUCUAUUUCAGUUACUUCAGUAAAUGAUUCAUCUGUGCUAUUACUGAGAAUGUUGUUCAAAUUUUUAAGAAGAACUGAAGAUAGAUAUUUAUAUUUGAAAUUAUCAUGUACAAAAGUUUUCAGAAUUCAAUUCAUUAAAUUAAAUAAUUAGCCAAUCUGA